UUUCCUGUUUCGUCAUUUUUGAAAAUGAGAUUAAUUAUUAAUUGCGUCGUUGUUUUACUGUUGUAGUGCAUUGCGUUUUUGAGUUUUGCGUUGUAGUGUAUAUAUAUUUAUAAUAUUUGCGUCGUCGUAAUAAUAUAAGAAAACACAGUGUAGUUGGAUUGUACUUAUCUAGUUAGGUAUCUAACUGAUUGCUUAGUUAGUUAGAACAUCUUGGUCAGGUAAGGGUUGGAUUCGUUUUUUUGUGCACCCUUGUUUAUAGGUGGGCCAUCUUGGGGACAGUGCAUCCCAUCCCGGCGAUGUAGGUCCCGGCGACGUACACCCCGGCACCAAUUUUCCGGCUUCAAGCCAUCCCGGCGAACAUUACCAUACCGGCAUCGAUCAUCCCGACGAUUUAUACCCGGCGACGACCCAUUCCGGCGAUGACCCAUCCCGGCGACGGCCCAUCCCGUUAGAUUACACAAUUUGUAAACCGUGCAGUAAUUAGUUCAAAUUCUUCCUGUAGUUAUUCUCCAACAUGAUGGACGAGCUUCAGAACUUAGAUUUAGAGCAGUUUCUCAGGACUAGAGGAGUUUCAGAGGAGAUAAUAAGUAAAUUCAAAUCGGAAAAUAUUGAUAUUGUGGCUGUGCAGGUAAUGCAUGAAGAUGAAUUUAAAGAACUUAUUCCGAAGAGCGGGGACAGAGCAGCCCUUAAAGAAUUUAGUAGACGAAAAUUAGCACCCAGGAAACAAAGUUUAAUUGAAAAAUUAAAAGAUAAAAUAGCAAAAGCGAAUAAUACAAAUCUAGCUCAAACUCCAACCUUAAAACAUAAAAGAAAAGCAACAAGAGUUGUACAAGUUGGAUGGAUGAAUUUUAAUGAGCAGAAUAAAAAGUUUCAGCAAGUUAGGCUUAAUAAAGGAGGAGGAACUAGAAGUAUAAGUGUUGAUAGAGAUUGCCAGGUGAAAAUGAUUUUAGAAAAAGCGAUUGAGAUAUUUUUUCCUAAUGGAAUUUCUCCCAGUGGACCGGUAAAUAGUUUUGAGUUCAAACUACUUGAUUUUAAACAACAUGAAAUAGACCACAAUAUGAGAAUUCAAGACAUGUUUGAAGUUACUGGUUUAAGUAAAUUAAGGUUUUAUUUGGCAAGCACCAGUUCCAAAAUUUGGUGUAGUUCGACUAACAAUAAUAUACCGUCUUCUUCAUUGCCAAUAACAGUAGGUAAGCUUAAAAUACAAGGAAGUUUUUAGGAAGGAAACUGUUACAAGUUAACACAAACUUUCAUUUAACAUACUAUAUGUAUUUUUGAGGGCAUGUGAUUUUGAUUUGCCAAACCUAAUUAGGUUCCAUAACUUGCAACUCAUUUUAUUGUUUUAUUGCUAGUGUUGUAAGUAAUUAUUGUAUCUAGUAUUUCUCUAAAAAAAUCUUUGUGAUAAAGUUUUAUUUGUGAUUAAUGUUGUCACCUAAUGUUAAUAUUGUUUAUUUUUAAUAUUUGCAUUGGGGAAGUGAGUGGUAUGCCAGUUAAUUUGAGCAAAUCAUAAUAUUGUGAAAUUUCAAA